AUGUCGUUAAUAACAUUAAAAAUUUUAAAUUCUAUCUCAUUUUCAGACAUCUAUAUCUUCUUUUUCAUCUCACUCGUAUUUUACAUUCUUCGCUUUUAUUACAUUUAUUAUACUCGUCCAAAUAAGUUGCCAGGUCCUGUUCCAUUACCAUUUAUAGGAUCAAAUUAUCAUGUUUUUAAAAUAAAUGGCAGUGUCGUAGGAUUAGAUGAUAUGCUUCGUUCACUCCACUCACAAUAUGGUGAUAUAUUUGAAAUGUGGUUUGGUAGUGAACGUAUCAUUAUUUUAUGUCAUCCAAAAUAUAUGGUUAAAAUGCAUCAAGCAUCUACUAAAAGUAAAUAUAUGAAAAGAUUUUCAAACUCUGAAGGUAAAGAAUAUGGUUUAGUUGAUAGUGGAGUUUUUAAUAAUAAUGAUGUUCACGGUUCUUGGAAGUUUAACAGAACGGUUUUCAGUAAUGCAUUAAUGCGUCCCAAAUUAGAUAGGGACGCAUUACAAUGGACCAUAGAAUUGGUUGAGGAAAUGGAAUCAUGUUGGAGUAGAGUUGGCAUUAUAAUUGAUGAGAAUGACUUUAACAAAACAUCAAUUAAAAAUAAUGAAAUUAUUAAUCUUCCAAAAUGGAUGCGUAGAUUCACAUAUGAUAUGAUUUAUAAAAUAGCAAUCGGGAUUAAGGGAAAUGCACUCAACUCAUAUACUAAUAACUUAUGUGAUGUUGAGAAUCAAGAAACUGAAUCAAAUAGUAUCAUAAAUAGUAUUCAAACUUAUGUUGAAGGAACUCCGUAUUUUCGUCUAUUUCCAAAAUACGUUCGUUAUUAUUUUCCAUAUAUAAGAGGGAUUAUUCGAAGAUAUUUAGAUAAUAAAGAAUACUUAUUUGGAAAAUUAGCAGAAAUGAUUGAAAGGCGUCGACGAGAGAUUAAUGAAACUCCAUUAAAUGAAGAAUUGAGGAAUGAUAUGUUAACUUCUUUUAUUAUUGCAAAUACUGAUAGAGAUAUGCAUAAAGAAAAAUAUGUAGAAAAAUACGAUGAUGUUGUAAUCAGACCUGCGAACAAUGAUGAAAUUUGUGGAAAUUUAAUCGAUGCAUUUAUUGGGGGAACUGAUACUACCGCAAAUUUAUUCUGCUUUAUAGUUUACUACCUCGCACAUCACCCACAUGUUCUCACCCGUUUCCGUCAAGAACUUGAUUCAAUAUUCCAAGAUGAUAUGACACGAAAAAUUACACUUAAAGACUUAGAUAAUCUUAAAUAUUGUGAAUCUAUAAUUAAAGAAGUAACUCGAUUACAACCUGUAAUUUCCACAAAUGUACGUUUAAGCUCUGAAGAAGACGAAGUUUGUGGAUAUAUUUGGCCUCCUAAUACUGAAUUUAUGUUAUUUUAUGGAGCCAUAGCUAAACGUCCUGAUGCAUGGAAUGAACCACUAAAAUUCAAUCCUGAUAGAUUUUAUAAUUAUCUGACUAAUGAUAAAAUUAAUGGUAACAACGGACACGAUGAUUUAGAAAUUAAUAAAAAUAUAGGUGAAAAAUCUGACCAUGGUGAUGAUGAUAUUAAAAAUUCAUUUGUGAUGUUUGGAGGUGGGUUGCGUAUAUGUCCAGGAAGAAAAUUAGCAAUGAUUGAAUUAAAAUGUUUAGUAACUAUGAUUUAUAGAAAGUAUGAUGUUGAAUUAGUUGAUAUGAAUUCUCCGCUUAAAACGAAAUCUACCAUCUUUACAAC